AUGUUGAAAGUAUCUCUCUUCGUCAUUCUAGCUGCUCUGUUGCCGUUGGCUUUGGCAGCUCCAGCUCAGUCUGAGGAAAUGGUCUUGACUCCAGGCGGAUUACGCCCCAAGUCUAGCGUCAUCCAGAUCCCGGAAGGCGGUUCAAUCAACCUCACUGACACCGAAGUCCACCUACUCGACGCUUCAAAGAGGGUUAUUCACGUUUCCCCGAGAAGCGAUGCAAAGGUCCGAGCAUCUCCUGUCACGAAUGCGACAGUUCCCGAGCAAUCAGGAUGGAUUUCGUUUGCAUAUUGGCGUCGCAUUAAUUUCCCUAUCCAAAACUUCUUCACCACAUGGGUCGUCCCACCUACCCCUGCAACCAAUCACGGGCAGACCAUAUUCCUCUUCAACGGUCUUGAACCCGAUACUGGUGAUUCCAUCUUACAACCUGUUCUGCAAUGGGGCCCUUCAGUAGGAGGCGGUGGCCCGUUCUGGCAGUUCGCGACUUGGUACGUUGCCGGGGCCACGUCCUUCUUCACCCCGCUGCUGGAUGUGUCCGUUGGACAAAGCUUGCAAGGCAUUAUCCAGUUUACGAGGAAGAACGCUGACGGCACGUUCAACUAUGUCAGCGAGUUUGCAGGCAGUAGUGGCGUUGCCCUCAGCAACUCUCCCGAGCUCACUUGGGCCUAUGAGACUUUGGAAGCAUACAGUGUUACCACGGCCUCGGAUUAUCCUACCGGUUGUACCCCCUUUUUUGGCAUCAGUAUAUCCACAGUGGACGGUGCUACGGCACCUGUGUCGUGGGGUAUCACUAACGAUGAUUUUGAUGGAGUCCAUACCUAUAUCAAUGUUAACGGCGGAAGCAAUGGGCAAGUCACUACAUGCUACCCUUUAUAA